AAUUCUUUUUUCUUGCGUCUCUUGCGUGACUCAAGAAUCAAACAACACAACAAGUGUCAAACUCAAAAACCAAAGCCACCAAGAACACAAAAUCCAUCCUUCUUUCAUCUUCUUGUUUCAAUUCUAUUCGAUUUCUCCAAAAAAAUGGAAGAAAUUUUAUUCGAUGAGAUUCUCUGCGAGAUAUUCACAAGAUUGCCAUCGUCUUCUUCUUCUUCCUCAAUAUCAUCUUCUUUACCUUCUUUCGAAUCGGUUCCUCUUGUCUCAAAGCGAUGGCUUCGUCUCUACAGAGCAUCAAAGACUUCCAUGUCUUUAAAACUCAGUCCUCACGACACCUCUGUAAUUACCCAUUUACCCUCUGUCCUCAAUAACCAUCCUUCUCUCUCUUCCCUCUCUAUCUCUCGUGGCUUCACCAUUAACACCAAAAUCAUUACCACCCCAAUUCGUUCGGAUGUUGAGUCUCUGAAAGCUGAAACCAUUUUCAACGAAGAGCUAAUCUCAAUCAUAUCUUCUUGCUGCUUUAAUCUCAGAAGUCUCAGUUUCUUGAUCAAUCCAGUUUCUUCAUCUUCUUUAGUUCCUCUCUCUACUUCUUUAUCUCUCACUUCUCUCUCUAUCGAAGUGUGGAAACCACAAAACUCAGGUUUCACUUGGAUUGCUCUGUUUUCAUCUCUUAAAGAAUUAUCAAUCCAUGUUUGCUCAACGAGUUCUCCAGCUUUCGAUUUCUAUCCAAAGUCUAAACCUAACCCGGAAGUUUUAGAAUUAGGUUUGGAAUCGAUUUCUUUAUUUGGAAUCGAACCUGAUGAUAAUGAUGUUACUUGGUUAUGGAAAUGUUGCAGAAAGGUAAAGAAACUGAGUCUGAGAUCUUGUGGAAGCAUUGGAGAAAUCGAGUUUUUCGGUUUGUGUUUGGAGAAUCUUGAAGAGAUUGAGUUGAGAACUUGUAGGAGUAUUGUUGAUGUGGUUCUGCUGAAAGUUUCAGAGAUUUGUGAAUCUUUGAAGUCUCUGUUGAUUCAUGAUGGUGGAAGCAAAGAUGGGUUGGUUUGUUUUAUGAACAAUGCUAGAUGUUAUGAUACUUUGGAAAGACUCGAUUUGCGUCUACCGAUGGAUUUGACCGAUGAUCAUCUAGUCUCUCUCGCUGCGAAUUUCAAGUGUUUAUCAAGUAUUAGCCUUACAAGCUGUAUCUUUGUGACUGGUUUUAGUCUAAAGGCAUUAGCUUUAAGCUUUAGUUCGAGUCUUGAAGAGCUUUCUUUGCUUAGCUGCAACGCGAUUGAACGAGAGCGUGGUUUGUUGGCGACAAUAGGACAGCAUUUGGGGAGAUUAAGGAAGCUAGAUUUGGCUCGGAACGAGUGGUUAUUCGAUAAAGAAGUCGUUUCGAUGUUAGCUUCUUGCAAUGGUUUGGUUGAGGUUGUUUUGAGAGAGUGUAAGCAUUUGACAGGUGCAGUGUUGGUUGCUUUGAACAAAAACUGUGUGAAGUUGAAGACUUUAGACAUUUUAAGUUGUCGAUUGAUUGAGCCUGAUGAUGUGGAGGGUUUUGUGAUGAAGACACAAUGUUUGAAGAAGCUUGUGGUUGAAGAGAACCAGAUUACAGAAGCUAUAGUGAAAUUGGCUUCGAGUAAGUUAAUUGAAACUGUUGUGUUUCCUUCUCUUGUUUGGUAAUUAUAGUUGGAUUGGUUUUUGAAUAAUGUGUUAUUCUAAUAGAUUAGGGGUUUGAUUGUACAUUUUCGGUGUUGACUUAUUAUGUUGAUUUCUUCUUAUGAACAAUUGUAAACUAUUAUGGAAUAAUAAGCAAAGGAAAAGUAUUUAUCGUUUGAGUU